AUGCCAGAUCAUCGUCGAUCUAGUACUCGAAAAUGUGUAACAAGACGUCAGAUACCUUCAAAUUCUUUAUUAUCCGUUUCUACUCAGAUUCAAAAUGAUAUUAAAACAACAAAUGAAAUUCGUAAAAGAAAUCAUAAAAAAAUAUCUGAUACAACUGUAUUUACUACAAGCCAUGGAUCUCCAAAUAUUGAUAAUUCUUUAAUUACACUACAAGGAAAAAAACGAGCUCGAUUAGAUUCUGUACCAUCUAGGACAUUAAAUCAAAAGAAAAAAAAAGAAAUCGUAUAUGAUGACGAUGAUGAUGACGAUGAAGUUGAAGUAAUUUCAUCAAAAGACGAAUCUAUACAAAUAACAGAAGUAGAUCGAUGUGCUAUUUGUUUGGAUGAUUGUACCGAACCGAAAAAACUUAAUAAAUGUAGUCAUAUAUUCUGUAGAACUUGUAUUGAUCGUUAUUUCGAAACAAUCAAACCUCAGUGCCCAUGCUGUUUCACUAUUUAUGGGGAAAUUCGUGGAAAUCAGCCAACCAAUGGUACCAUGACGAUUGAUACAUCUAAACAUCGUCUACUCGGCUUUGAACAUGAUUCACGUGGUACUAUUAGAAUAACAUAUCAUUUUCCUCAUGGAAUUCAAGAUGAGAGUCAUCCUAAUCCAGGUAUGCCAUAUUAUGGAACAACUCGUCAAGCGUAUUUGCCUGAUAAUCGUGAAGGUCGUCAAGUACUUGCUUUAUUGCAAAGAGCUUUUGAAUUGAGACAAACCUUUACCGUUGGUCAAUCUCGAACAACAGGUUAUGAUAAUGUCAUUACUUGGAAUGAUAUUCAUCAUAAAACAAGUAUUAAUGGUGGAGUAGAAAAUUUUGGCUAUCCUGAUAAGACUUAUCUUAAUCGGGUUCGACAAGAAUUAGCAGCCAAAGGUGUUAAAUAA